AUGGCCACCUCCGCUCUCCGUGCUGAACUCCACCAAAUAAACCAACAAAUCGAUCUACAACGACGAGUGCUCUAUGACUUAGAAGUAUCGCGCUUCGCAGUGCAGUCCAAGCUCUCUCAACUAGCAGUUUAUCCCAUCCUAACCCUCCCACCUGAAUUAACAUCGGAAAUCUUUGUCCAUUGCCUCCCGGAGGAUUCGUGGGCCGAUAUAUAUGAAGCGCCGCUGCUUCUGACCCGCGUUUGUCGGACGUGGGCCCACAUCGCGGCCUCGACUCCUGCGCUCUGGCGUUCGUUACGACUGUGUUUAGGUGAAUGGGAUGAUCAGGAGCUACGCGAGCUCCUAGAAACCUGGUUUCGCCCGAAUCGCGGAAGCGCGCUGAAAAUCGUCCUGGGCGGUGAUUUGGCCCGUGUGGACCUCCCAGAGUUCAUGACCAGCUUGCAGCGACAUGCACAUCACAUCUCCUCCUUAUCCCUUACCCUCACUGCGAGAAACCUUGCACUCCUCAAAUCAUUCCCACUCAAAAUGCGUUUUCUGAGAGAAUUGGAAAUCACCGUCGAGGACGAGGAGGAUGAAAUCUAUGCGGAACCGGUGGACCUCAAAGACGUCUUCGUUGACACUUCGCAGUUGACCCAGGUCCAUGUUGACCAAAUCCUACCCGCGAACAUAACUCUUCCUUGGCAGCAACUCACUGACUUUCAAUGUUACGACUAUUUUCUGGAUGAAGUGCUCGAAGUGCUACGCCUCAUCCCAAAUCUUGUAUCAUUGGAUGUCACUCUUGGCCUCGAAGACCAUAGAGAUCCAGCACGCGACAAGCUGAUUCAUCACAAUCUCCAACGACUCACUGUCAUGGAGCAAGAACGGUUAGAUCGUCAAGAGACUCUCCAUUUACUCCACUUUCUCACCCUGCCCAAACUCGACACGUUAAAGACAGAGGAAUUGGAAGAGCGCACCUUGCGAGCAUUUAUGCGCCGCUCGGAUAUCCCUCCGCUCGCCACAAUGCAUGUCAACCUAGUUGGCUUCCCCCACGAGUGCUUGGAUGUUUGCCAGGAGAUCUUACCUUCAUUGCGCUGGCUAGAGGACUUGAGCCUCUCUUGUCCGACAUUACCUUUUGCGCAAGCUUUCUUCAGUGGAUUAGCGGCGCGAGAGACGUUCCUUCCGCGUCUAAGAAAACUCGCUAUUGGUUAUGAUGAGCUUACGCUGGCUAAUCAAGCCACGCUCACAUCGGUGCUCGAACUUGUUGCCCAGGCCGCGUUAAACAGGAAUGUGCUUGCGCAGGCAGGGGUUGUUCAUUGUCUGGACUUCCUCAGCUUCGUGGUCAAGUUAACUGAACUGGCCAGUUUGCGACUACCAUUUGCGUCUCUUUCCGGCUAUCGACAGCUACAAAUAAAUGGCGUCGAAGUCUACAUUGGCACUUCUCUCGAUUCGUUACUGUAG